AUGGCGCCAUUUCCCUCCCCAACGGCCGCCUGGCACGACAAAGCCUACCCGGAAAUAUCCCCCUCGCGCCCCGAACUAUCUGCGCACGGGAAAAACAUCCUCAUUACCGGUGGAGGCACCGGCAUCGGCGCCGAGACCGCCCACCGCUUCGCCCAAGCCGGUGCUGCCCGCAUCGCCCUCCUCGGCCGCCGUGAACAACCUUUGCUGGACACCAAGAUCUCGAUCCAGCGGGACUUCCCCGGCGUCGAGGUCUUCACGGCCCCGACGAACAUCACUCGCCAGAGCGAGGUCGACGCCGCCUUCAGCCAAUUUCUCGGCCCUGAAGGCCGGAUCCAUGUCCUGGUGAGCAACGCGGGGAUGAUCGGCCCCAUGGUACCCGUGGCCAACGCCCCCGGCGACCAGGCCCUAGACGCCAUCCAACAGAACCUGCACGGCGCGUGGUGGGUGGCGCAGGCGUUCCUGCGGUGCGCAGCGCCCGACGCCGCCGUCAUCGAGACCUCCUCCAGCGCAGCCCACGUCAACUUCGGGCCCGGGUUGGCCCCGUACAGCGUCGCCAAGAUGGCGGUGUUCCGGUUGUGGGAUGCCGUCGGGUUCGAGAAUCCGGGGUUGCGCGUGUAUCAUGUGCAGCCCGGGGUGGUGGACACGGCGAUGAACCGCGAGGCGGGGGGCAUCGAGGCACUUGGGUUUGAGGAUCAUGUGGAUCUGCCUGCCAGCUUCUACGUCUGGCUGGCCAGUCCCGAGGCAGACUUUCUGAAGGGCAAGUACCUGUGGGCUAAUUGGGAUGUGAGCGAGCUCAAGCGGAAUGCGGAGAAGAUCCAAUCUACCCCGCGACUGAGCAUUCAGCUGGGCGGGUGGCCGUUCGCAGAUGAUAGCUGGGGGCUCAAGUCAGAGUCCGACAAUGUUUAAUGAUAAUACCAUGUUCGACACAGAGUGGCGGCUUUUGCGCUUCCCAGUGCGGCAUGGUGUUCGAGAAUAGAGCGUGCAAUCUCUCUCGCAUGCCUCUGUUCUACUGAACGACGAGACCUUGUAUCGCUGCGUGUAUGGAUCAAUGGCAAUCAAAUCGAGUAGAAAUCGAGUAGCCCAUUUGGCAGUAGCAAGAAUGGUCUACAGAUCUACAGACACAACUUCGUUGAUCGAAGGUUGAUUGCGUUGCCGACUACUCCGGCGCGAUGCUACUAGAGGACCCUGAUUUUGGGGCCAAG